AUGGACGACGCUCUGGCAGAGUUGGAGUGGGUGCGAGCUCUCUUCAGUGAAGUGUGCAUCCCGGGGACCACCGUGUAUGAUGGUACAAGGCUCUCAAGCGAUGAGAGCGUGGCUAUGGUUCGACAAUCUGACGAGAAUGAGACCAGUAUCACCAUCACAGACGCCCGGGCUCUUUACGACCUUUUCCACCGCCGGAGCGGAUCAGCUGGCCUUGAUCGCCGCGCCCAGAUCGAUGUUGCCGUUAUGUGCCACAGUGCUCGACUGCUCAACGUGAAGGUUCACUGGUUGCCGGGACACUACAUGUUAGCAGAUCCCCUCACCAAACGGUUGGGGAACAGUAAACUGCUGCGUGGUGUCAUGCAAAUGGCCAAAUAUGCCAUUAAGGAGCACGCUCUGAAGAGCCUUCUGCAGGAACAGUCGGAGGAACCCCCUGAUGGAUGUGAAGAUAGUAGCCAUGCUGCCCGACAGUUUCCUGUUGUGUGA